AUGGCGCGCCGACCGGUUCACAUUUCUCUGAAAGUUGCUGUGCCUCUCAGCGCGCUCAUGAUUUUGUUUGCAUCCAUCGCCUUCACGGGCCACCGAUUGGACUGGCCCGGAAAACCGGCGUUCACAACAUUUCGACACAGCGAGAUCGACGAGCAUUUCCUCAACAACCGCCUGCGAGCGCUCUCCUCCCGCCCACUCCCACGCUUCAUCUACCACACCCUCCACGCGGGGCCCGCCAUCCUCUGGUCGCUCGCAAUGCCAUUCCAGCACAUCGACUCUCUGCGCGCACGCUUCCCAGCGAUGCACCGGCGCAACGGGUACCUCGUGCUCAGCCUCUCGCUCCUACUCUCACUCGGCGGCUUCUGGAUCCUGAACCGGAACAUGUCUCACACGCACCGCGAGUUCUACCACAUACACACGGUCAUCAAAGGCAAGUACAUCCCGCUGCUCACGUGGCCGACGUUCGAGUCCUCGCUCUGGUUCCUCGCGCCGGCCUACUUCUACAGCCUGUUCCGCACGGCGGAGACGGCGCGCGCGCGCGAGUGGGCGCGCCACCGCAAGUGGGCCGUGUUCCACACCAUUGCGGCCUACACGAUCACGCUGCAGCGGGUCAACGUCGUGGUGUGCAUGGUUGCGGGCUGGGCGAUGCAUCUGCUGGUGCCGGAAAGGGUGCAGCAGGAGGUGCUGGGCGUGCCGGCGACGCACGAGGGCAAGGCGGCGGCGGAGCUGGCGGCGUUCGCGUGGACGGCGUGGUAUGGCGGGAUUUUGGCGUUCGUCUGGAUCCUGUACGAGUGGCGGCCGGCUGCUUUGUUUGCGCGGGGGAGGAAGGGCACGGCGGCGGCGGCGGGCGGUGAGAAAUCGGAUACGGGUAAGGUGGAGUAA